AUGCGAAUUUUUUCAGCCAGAUUGCUAUCACGGGCGUUGUAUACCUUUGAUAGUCAAAUGAGUGCUAACAACACGACUGUCAAUGGAAACGCCAAAGAGUGUAAAGCUGAAUUUCAACCGAAACGUGUGCUCAUCUUGUCGAAAGUGACGCGAUACGAAUUCGAGAAGCGGUUUCACAGUGAAGUUCACAAUGAAGCACAAUUAGAAGUGUUGUUAAACAAGCGUGGAAGUGAUUACAAAAGAUUGUUGUCAAAACACAAGCUACAUUACGACUACGUGGAGACAAUCAAGAAAGAGCUCACAAAUGCUGGAAUUGAAAAUAAAGUGGUUCAGCGUUUUGAUUACGAUGACGAUGCUGUUGAAUGGGCGGACGCAGUAAUGACGGCAGGCGGGGAUGGCACUUUUCUACUGGCAGCCAGUAAAAUCAAGAAUCGCGAUAAACCGUUGAUUGGAAUAAAUACGGAUCCUCAAGGAUCUGAAGGCUACAUGUGUUUAAUGAGAAAAUUGCCUAAAGAACAUUUCCGAUCCGCAUUGCAACGAUUGCUAAAUGGAGACUUUUGUUGGCUUUGGCGACAAAGAAUCCGUAUUUCUGUGACCUCGGAUCGGGCCCUUGAAACGCCUGUUGAAUUGCACGAUGAACAAUUGAGACGAACUCCUUCAACAACUCGAUGGCGAGAGGAAAAACAAAGUAGAGAAAGCAAAAUAAUUCGCGGACGUCCAACACGCAAUGUUGAACCGGAUCCUAAUGCACCGGCAAUCACACAAGAACUUCCGGUUUUGGCUCUCAACGAGGUGUUUAUUGGCGAAUCGCUAUCUUCUCGAGUAUCAUAUUACGAAAUUCAAGUGGAUAAUGGAAAGUUAGUGAAGCAGAAAAGUUCAGGGAUUACAGUUUGCACAGGAACUGGUUCAACAUCUUGGUAUUUCAACAUAAAUAAACUCACGGAGCAAUGUGUUCGUGAUCUUAUUGGGAUCAUUGAAGAACAGGCUAGCAUAAAGGUUCCACAAGAAAACCCAAAGAUCUUGGAAGACAUUUGCACACGCUUCAACCAAAAGUUGAUUUUCUCUCCUGAAAACCCAAAGCUUGCUUUCGCGGUGAGAGACCCGGUGUUUAAUGCAACUUUUCCACCGACAAAGCCUCGUGGACAGGCUGAGCAAAUACUUGUGAAAAGCCGAGGUUACGACGCCCAUUUGGUUGUUGAUGGUGGCGCUUCGUAUCACUUCAAUGAUGGAGCCGAGGCCGUGAUGCGAGUUCACGAAGAGGAUGCACUCAGGACUGUGGUCUUUCGA